CAUACCAGCAUUAUGAGACCAUUCGGUUUAUGAGGCCAUUUUUAGUGGUCUCGUAUUUCUGGAAAUUUAAAUUGUCAUAAAUAUUAACUAAAAAUUAUUAAAAUUGUUAUUAAUGUGUGUAUGAUUCCUAAAUGCAGUAAUUUAUUCAUUAGUGUUACUAUUUUACUUUUAUUACACUACCUACCCUUUUUAGAACCUUUAAAAUGAUGGUCCCUUAAACCGUGUUGUGUCUGCGUGAACUUACAACAGUGCCCCUGUAGGUGGGAUUUGGUAUUGCAAAGGUAUACACACUGGCGCCAAAAUUACACACACAUUCGCGCCAUAUGCGUUAGGCGGAAGUUACCAGCUACGCACGUAAUGUUACGUUGGCCAAAUCAAGAGUUGCCGCACUUGAGUGAACAACGGAAUCUUCGGAGAAAAGUAAGUCCUUAAUAUCUUAUAUUUUUACAUUUAUGUUUGACAUUUGUCACUCUUAAAUCGACCUUCUCCUGUCCUUUUUGGGAUUUCGAGUUAGUAAGGUAGAACUGACGCCAUUUGUCGACGUUCAUUUCAAUUGUCAAAUAUUUAUUUAAUGUGAUUUGUUUUAAUGUAAUAUGAAACUGUAAUGAUGAACUUCAAGGUGAUGUAAAAAAGUUAGUUGGCAUCAAAUGUGGUAAUUAUUCAGAAAUUCAAGGAAAAGUGGUGUCGUUUCCUUGUGCGGAGCACACUGCUAAUUUGUCACAUCGUCUAAACACUUAUACGAUAUACUUUCAUUUGAUUAUUUAUCGAAGUUCAAAUAUAACACAGUAGAGAAUAAGCAUAAAGUCCACAAAAUGUCACUUUGCAGUCUCGAGUGAUUUCAAAUCAUCCUAACGGGAGAGCUUGAAGGUUAAGUUAAUGCGUACUCUAACAUGAGGACCUGCAGCUUGCUCCCCUGGCUGCCUUGCUUCACACGCGUUGGUCAGUUCAAGAGUGAAAAAUAUUAUGUGAUUUAUGUAAUUAUAUAUCGUUUGUGAUAUAAUAAAAAACUAUUUCGUGUCUAUCCAUGUAUUAUUUAACUGGUUGAUAUGGGAUUUAUAAAGUACUAUAUUUUGUAGAGCAGUGUUUUUGUAAUGUUAUUGUAAUGAUGUUUAGGUAGGCCUAUGUUUAGGUAAAAUAGUUAAACAUUCAAUAACCACGAGUUUAAAAGGCAGUCCUUUUCAAGCACCAAGCAACUUAAGCAUGUUAUUAAUAUAAUGCUGUUUAUAAAGAUUGAAUUUGCAUGGUAUUUUUUAGUGAGUCGAAUGACGAGUUGUAGCAGAGGAUUAAAUCCUCUCAAAGAUGCCAUACACCAUGUGAAAAUGGGGAAAGACAAAGACACAAUAACAGAGCGAUACAUUAAUCCCACCAAAGGUCGGGGAGUGUUUGCAAAAACCCUUAUUUUUAAAGGUUCCUUUAUUCUUGAAUACAGAGGAACUUUAAUUGAGAAAGGGGAUUUUGAUGAAAUAUUAAAUGAAUAUGCAUACUUUUUUAACCACCAAGGCCAUGACUACUGCAUUGAUGCUUCUUAUGAUGAUGGCUCACUCGGUCGACUUGUUAAUGAUGAUGAGAGGCCAAAUGCGAAAAUGAGGAAAAUUGUUGAUGUUGAUGGAAAGCCACAUCUUUGUUUAUUUGCAAUCAAGGACAUCAAUGAAGGUGUAGAAAUAACAUAUGAUUAUGGAGGAUAUAACUUGCCAUGGCGUUCUCGCCAUGAAAAGGAACAUUGCAAGCACCUUCAUGAGCCUGUCACUCCAGCCAUGACAGCAUGUGACAUCACAUCUCCUAAAAAGCACCUUCAUGAGCCUGUCACUCCAGCCAUGACAGCAUGUGACAUCACAUCUCCUACAAAGCACCUUCAUGAGCCUGUCACUCCAGCCAUGACAGCAUGUGACAUCACAUCUCCUACAAAGCACCUUCAUGAGCCUGUCACUCCAGCCAUGACAGCAUGUGACAUCAUAUCUCCUACAAAGGACAUAAUAGUUAGAUCCAAGCAGGAAUCCAGAAGGCCAGGCAGUGGUGAUGAUGAAAGAGGAAGAAAGAGAAAAAAGAAGACAGUAGGAAUGAGGAGGAGAGAGACAUCCAGAGUUUGUAAGACGCAUCAACUUGUCAAAGAGGAGAUGAAUUCGCUUGAAAAAUGUUCACUUUGCUCUGGACCGUUUUCCCCGCUAAAGUGGUGGGGGCUGAAAUGUAAAGUGUGCAGUACUGCAUUGCAUGUGUAUUGUUUCCAUAAAAGACAAAAGGCAUGGGAGACUGACAGAAGUGAAGAGUCUGAUGAAGAAUGUGACACAAGUGAAGAGUCUGAUGAAGAAUAUGUUCCAGACUCCAAAAAUGAAACAGAUGAUGAGAGUACAAACACUAUGGCAAAGUCACCAUUUUUUAUUAAAGAAUCACAAUUGGGGUGCUCUACAACAGGAGUCGACAUUAAUGAAAACUUCAAUGGAGGAGCAUCUGCCAAUGAGAAAUCUAUUGAUAAUGAAAACUUCAAUGGAGGAGGAUCUGCCCAUGAUAAAUCUAUGGAUAAAACUUCAGAAGACACCAUAAAAUCAACCGCUGUAGAAACUUCAGACACCGUACAAAAAACUGCUGUUUCAUUUGGAGGGCAAAAUAUCUGCUUUGUUUGUCAAAAGCCUGUUUUCAAAAUAGCGCGACACUUCAAAACGCACAUAAAGGAGGAUGGUGACAUAGCAAAGGCUCUCAGUCUCCCUGCCGGGUCAAAAACUAGGAAGGAGUUGCUUGAGAAACUUCGGAAUAGGGGAAACUUCAUGCACAACAAUGAAGUUCUAAAGAGUGGAUCUGGUUCACUCAAAGUAAAGCGAAAGGCUAAAGGUGACAGUAAAAAGUAUGAGUACUGUAUCCACUGCAAGGGGAUGUUUUUACGUCACGAGUUGUGGAGACACAUGAAGAGGUGCUCGUCCAAGCCAGGGGACAGUGAACAUCAUGGCAGAAAGUACGUUCUUGGCCUUGCAGCACUGGUAAAAGCUUCAUGCUCUAGUACUGAAAAUGGAGUACUUAAAAUGAUAAGUCAUAUGCAUGAUGAUGAGAUUUCAACUGUUGUUCGCAACGACUUUUGCCUGCUACGUUUUGCAGAGUCCCUUUAUAGCAAACAUGGUCAUGAUCCAUCAAAACAUGACUAUAUCAGGCAAAAAAUACGCCAAGUUGGCAGAUUUUUACAAACUUUGCACAAAAUAUCUCCAAUCAUGACCUUGGAGGAUUCUAUUAAACCACAAAACUUUAUGACUGUGAUUAAAGCAGUACAAGUGACGGCAGGAUUUGACAAAAAUACGAACAGCUACAAAACUCCAAGCCUUGCACUGAAAAUAGGACACUCACUUUUGAAAGUGAGUGACAUUGUACGUUGUCAUGCUCUUAUGGCUGGGAAUGAGGACCUGAUCAAAUCAUCAGAAGCCUUCCAGAAACUCUAUCAAGCAAAAUGGUCUGAGUACAUAUCACACUGUGCUCUUACUACAAUUAGUGAUUCGAAGUACAAUAAACCAGACAAUCUACCGCUCACUGAAGACAUAAAAAAACUUCACCAGCAUCUUGACAAAAGUGCAGAAUUGGCAACCGCAGCCCUGAAGGAGGUAGCAACAGCUCAGAAUUAUUCCAGUCUAGCACGUACAAUUUUAACCAAGAUAGUCCUUUUCAACAGAAGACGUAUUGGAGAAGUGUCAAAGAUGAAACUGAUGAAUUUCCUCCAACGAGAUCACUCACACACGCAUGAAGGAACAGGACUGUCGAAUUACGAACAGAAGCUAUGCAGGUAUUUUGAACGUGUUGAACUGAAAGGGAAAAGAGGACGGAAAGUAGCAGUGCUACUCACACCAGAUAUGACGAAUGCGCUCAAUCUUUUGAUUGCAAAUAGAAAGGAAUGUAGUGUGCCAGAAGAAAAUGAUUAUUUAUUUGCCGUACCACAAUGCCUGACGUAUUACAGAGGACAUGAAAGUCUCAGACGACUCGCAGAUGAAUGUGGUGCGCAGAAACCGGAUUGUUUAAGAUCCACUAAGCUACGUAAAGAAAUAGCAACAACUUCGCAAAUUUUAAACCUAAAAGACAAUGAACUAGAUCAGCUGGCUGAUUUCUUAGGACACGACAUAUCAGUUCAUAGACAGUUCUACAGACUGUCUGAGCCUAAAAUACAAAGUGGAAAAAUUUCGAAGUUGCUGCUUGCAUUGGAAAAAGGAAAACUACAUGAGUUGCAUGGAAAAUCACUUGAUCAAAUUGGAGAUUUCACAGAUGAGGAUGAGGAGGAUGACAGUGAAGAUGAGGAAACCAUUCCUCCUGAAAAUGCACUGGAAGAAGAUGCCUCUACUGAAAUGAAUGUGCUUUUGGAAAGAAGACCAUGUCUGAGCACAUCUAAAGGACCAAAAGCUGCUGGACAGAUCUCUGAAGACAAUGGGCUUUUGGAAAGGAGACCAUGUCCAAGCACAUCUGGACUAAAAGCUUACAGACAUAUCUCUGAAAACAAUGUCUCUAGCAGAGGAAGGCGCAUGCCCAAAAGGAGACCGUGGACGAAACCUGAGGUGAACGCUGUGAUGAGACACUUCAAAUUGCACAUAAGCAAAGCUCACUUGGCAACAAUGAGGGAAUGUGAGGUCUGCAAAAGGUGCGAGCAUCCAGUCCUACAAAACCGGUCUGUCCAAAAUAUACGUGAUUUUGUACGGAACCGAGGACUAAACUUAAAACGCAUGGGGGAAAAUUAAGUCCAAAUUAAAAUGUUCGUAGUCCAAGGGGCUAAUUAUCUGUUCGACACAUUUCACUUCUAUUCUUGUAAUUGUAAUAUUGUUUUGUUAAAAAUUCAUGUUUUUAUUCCUGUCACAUAGUGACAAUGUUUUAUCAAUUUCAAAAUUGAAAUUUUAAGAAAGCAUGUUUUAUUCUCCUGCUGGUACUGUUGAACAUUUUAGCAUAUAUGUUUAGUCUGAGGGACUAUGACCUCUGUUCAUGAUUUUUUAACUUUAACAUUUGUGAUGUUACUGUCAUUUUAAUAAAUUGUGUUAUGCAGCAUAUAUGUUUAGUCUGAGGGACUAUAGACCUCUGUUCAUGAUUUUUUAACUUUAACAUUUGUGAUGUUACUGUCAUUUUAAGAAUUUGUGUUAUGUUUUUUAUUCCUGUCCCUGAAAG